AACACAUUCCAAGACGUGGCGUGUAUCAAACGUUUGUGAAGAAUCCAGGAAACGAAGCCUCAGUCAACCUGAGGACUCAGAAUUAAGGAUAUAAAUGAAGCAGCUUUUUGUAGGACGGACCACUGGUCAGGAUGGGCACCAUCAGGAUGGGCACCUUCACUGUACUGCUGCAUCUGCUGCUGAUAGACACGGCUGCCUCUUAUUGGCACUACUAUUCUUCCUUUGGUGSRUCAGAGACCUUCUUCCCCAAAGGARGAAAAUCAGAUGGGACUUAUGAGGUGGAGAUUCAACAGAAAACCAACAUUGCCUACUACUACUCCUACUGUUAUGAGGGAACCUGCAUGAGUGGUGACUGUGGGACUCAGACACAGCAGUCUGUGGGUUUAGUUACCGCUGACUCUUAUGGGCUUACCUGGAAACAAUAUGAGACGARAACAACUAGACAGCUGACGAGCAACCUUCCCUUCGAAAUAGGACACGCAAUAUGCUACGACUACUACUACGGAUAUGGUUACUGGUAUCCAAAUGUGCUGGGUACUUUUGCUCCAUGGAGAAUGCUGACGCAUGUGGAUAUGGGGAUCCGAUCAGACACUCAGGAAUCCAACAGACCUCCGGUCAUUACCACCCCCAAUAUUAUCAGAGUAAAGUACAACUGCCCUCGAUCAUUCAAUGUCAAACCUGUUGACCCUGAUGGUGACCAAGUAAGAUGCAGACUACCGACAGAUUCGAAUACAAAUGAGUGUGGGAUAUGUAGCCUUCCUAGUGGCUUCUCUUUUGAUCAGAAUUCCUGCACCCUUACAUAUACUCCUCACACUGCUCAAACUGGAUACAACCCAAUUGAGCUCGUGGUGGAGGACUUCCCCAACCAAGACAUCACAUUGACUUACUCUGAUGGAUCCUACACAAGAAAGUGGCCCCAAGCAAUGGCACGACGUAAACGUCAGGCUCCUUUAACCACCACAGAGUAUCCAACCACCACAACAGCUCAUCCAACCACCACAGAGUAUCCAACCACGACAGCUCAUCCAACCACCACAGAGUAUCCAACCACCACAGCUCAUCCAACCACCAUAGAGUAUCUAACCACCACAGAUUAUCCAACAACCACAGAGUAUCUAACCACCACAGAGUAUCCAACCACCACAGCUCAUCCAACCACCACAGAGUAUCCAACCACCACAGCUCAUCCAACCACAACAGAUUAUCCAACCACCACCACAGAGUAUCCAACCACCACAGAUUAUCCAACCACCACCACUGCCCCUCCUACCUCUACUACAACGGCCCCAAUCAUACAGUCUUACCGAUCAUCAAUUGGACCUUUAAGCAUUCUCCCCCUACAGUUUACUGUUCUGGUGGAGGGGGACGAAGCUCCUUCAUGCCUCGAUGGCGACUACUUUCCCAUUUUUUUGGCACCAACUCCGGUUAAUGGAGUAAAUCUUCCUGCGUACGUCAACCGCACCCUUGAAAUCAAAGUCAGUUCAAAAGCUGAGCACGCAACGAUUAAUGACCUAAUUGUGACAGGYCCAYAUGGCAUUUUAAAGGAGAGACCCUCCACGGAYACAUACAUUAUAAAAUGGACACCAACCGAAGAUGAAGUGGAUGGGCAUUUCCCUAUUUGCUUUGUGUCUGAAGCAAUGGAUGGGUAUGGCAGAAUCUAUCACUCAGAGCUGCGGUGUGUGACUGUUGAUGUUAGUCACCAUGAGGCUGUUGUGACCUGCAACGGAACAACUAUGACAGUAGAAGUGGCAAAGACCUACACCAUCAAACGCAACAAGGACAACCUGCAUCUGAAUAGCCUCACUGAUCCUUCUUGUGACCUCCAAAGACUCUCCAACGAAACCCAUUUGGUGGCUGUCAUGGAGCUGGGCGCCUGUGGGACAUGGGUUGAGGAAGAUGAAGAUACGAUAUACUUUCAGAAUGCGAUCACUUCAGCUGACCCAAAUCAAAUAAUUUCCAGGAAGCAUGAUGUUGAAAUCGCCUUUGCCUGCUCCUACUCAAAACGAACCAACCUGACCCUGGGAUUCAGACACAAAAACCCGUACGCCUUCAGAGAGAAGGGCUUUGGUGCUUUCACCUUCCAGUUUGAGUUCUUCCAGAGCGAACUUUUCAGGGAGCAAGUAGACACCAGCAGCUACCCGGUGGAGGUUUACCUGAAGCAGAUGAUCUUCAUGCAGAUCGAGGCCACCUCAUCCAUCCCAAACACUGAGCUGUUUGUGGAGUCCUGCAGGGCGACUCCCUACGACAACCCCAACUCCCGCAUCAGCUACACCAUCAUCGAAAACGGAUGUGAGAAGGACAGAACAGUGCAAAUCUACCAAAGCCCAAAGUCUCAGUUCAGGUUUGGCAUGGAGGCUUUUGAGUUCAUCGGAGCUCACGAGGAGGUAAAGUUAUUUUUUCUGAGUGUUACAGGACCCAAUGUGGGUGGGACCAAGUCUACUCAAAUACUAUAA